AGCCAUCUUAUUUCGACGAAAAAAAAAAAAAAAAGCAAAAAAAAAACUUCAGGGCUGGAGGAAAACACCAGACGCCGAUUUUUACUGCACACUAAUGCUCGUAUCCCGGACAGUUAUGGGACGUUAAAGCUCAGCUCUGAGGACCGGGAAACCUCUGCAGGAAUUGGAGACGACUGUGAGGAGUGUGCUGCGCCCCCUCCUCGCCAGGGUGUCGCCUGACUCCUCCUUUUUGAGGAGACAUGGAGGUGCAGGGUGGAGCGCGGCCAGGGGGAGCGUUGGCACCCAGCCCUCAGAGCGAAGCCGUGACCCACGAGAUGGAGGAGCUGUCCCUGCAGCCCAGCCAGAACCUGCCCCCCCUAAACGAGCGCAAGAAUGUCCUCCAGCUGCGGCUGCAGCAGCGACGCACGCGUGAGCAGCUCGUUGACCAGGGCAUCAUGCCACCCCUCAAGAGUCCUGCGGCGUUCCAUGAGCAGAUCCGGAGUCUAGAGAGAGCCAGGACCGAGAACUUCCUCAAGCACAAGAUCCGAAGUCGUCCAGAACGGGCUGAGCUAGUCCGCAUGCACAUCUUACAAGAGACAGGAGCGGAGCCAUCUCUGCAGGCCACGCAGCUGAAACUAAAGAGGGCCCGGCUGGCCGACGACCUCAAUGAGAAGAUCGCCCAGCGGCCCGGCCCCAUGGAGCUGGUGGAGAAGAACAUCCUGCCUGUGGCCUCCAGCGUUAAAGAGGCCAUAAUUGAUGGCCAGAUGCAGUACCCCAAAACACUGGACGUUGACGAGGACAGCGGCGACGCCUUCUCCCCAGAGCAGCCAGGCAGCCAGGAGUCACACGGCUCUGCAGCUUCGCCCGGGGAGCCCAAGGCUCCGGAGACCCCAUCGCCGCUGCCCAAUAACUUCAUACAGCACUGCCCUCCUGCCCCCCAGGCUACUGUAGAGUUCCUCAAGCUCUCGUGCGCCGGUGAGCCGUCAGUCAGCCAUCCAGCCCCGCAACCUCAGCUGGCCCUUGUUGCUCCCCCCACGAGACCGACGCCCACCCUCGUGAAGCAGAGUCAGCCCAAGGUCCCUGGUGACAAGAGCCGUAGCAAGAAGAGCAAAGAGGCCAAGCCGCGCGUGAAGAAGCUCAAGUACCACCAGUACAUCCCCCCCGACCAGAAGCAGGAGCCCAGCGAGGCCCCCAUGGACUCGGCCUACGCCCGGCUGCUCCACCAGCAGCAGCUCUUCCUGCAGCUCCAGAUCCUCAGCCAGCAGCAGCAGCAGCACUACAACUACCACACCAUCCUGCCCGCCCCGCUCAAGCCUGUGAUCGAGGGGCAGAGUGGCAGUGCGACGGUCGCCAUUAACAGCGCCAACAGCCUUCCUGCCUCCAUCGUGGUGUCACUUCCUGCAGCCACACCCGUGCGCCAUAAUACUACCCUGUCCAACCGCAAAGCUGCCGCGCUGCCAGCCAAUCUGGAAGAGAUGAAGGUGGCUGAGCUGAAAAUGCAGCUGAAGCUGCGUGGCCUCCCCGUGUCUGGAACCAAAACGGACCUCAUCGAGCGGCUGAAGCCUUACCAGGAGACCCCUGCCCCUGUCGGCAGCGCCGGACCCAACACCCAGCCCUGCAGCACACCCAUGGAGUUGUCCGGCACAGCCGUGACCCUCCCUCCCACACCACAGCCCCUCGAGAACCCAAUCUGCACGCCACCCAUGUCCCCCGUGCCUUCAGAUGCACCACACGGCGGCAGAGAGGAGACAUCCAUGGAAAGCCAGCAGGAGGCGCUGGGCGGUCAGCCGCCAGCCGUCCCCGAGGAGCAGGACCGGAGGCUACACGAGAAGGAGCGCCAGAUCGAGGAGCUCCUGCGGAAGCUGGAGCAGGAGCAGCGUCUGGUGGAGGAGCUGAAGAUGCAGCUGGAGGUGGAGAAGCGAAGCGGGCAGGCGCCAGCCCCGGCCGAGGCACCUGCCCCGCCCGCCCCGCCGGCCCACGUAAAGCCUGAGAGCGCAGUCAGCGCCGACUGCAGGCUGGCGUCGCCUGCCUCGCCCAUGGCUGUGAAGCUGGAGAAGAGCCCCGCGGUGACGGCCGCACCCCUGCCGCAGUUCAUCAUCCGCCACCAGGGCGUGUCGCAGGUCAUCGGGCAACCCCAGACCCUCCUCACCACACAGCAUGGCAGCGCCCAGAUCCUGCUGCCUGUUCCCCUGCCCAGUAACGCCACUGCCAUCCAGCUGCCCAGCGCCAGCGUCAAGUUGCAGCCAGUUCUUCAGUCAGCCGUGUCUCCUCAAAGCCAAGGACUAAUGCAGACCACGGGACUGCAGCCUGCCAAGGCCAAGAUUUCCUCCCCACAGCAGCCAGUGCAAGUGCUGCCCGUUCGCAACAGUGGCGGGUCUGGUUUCCAACACGGUCCCGGGGAGAAUCAGGCAGGCCUGGAGAUGCCUCAGUGUUUCCUGAGCAGCUCCCCAGAGAGCUCAGUCUCUGCCCAAACGUCCCCCAUCCUGCCCUCCCUCAGCAAGUCCCCCUCUCAGGCCCAGCCCACCUUCAUCCUGCAGUCGUCUGUGUUUGGCCACGCCCCCAAAAGCAGAGAGCCUCCCCCUUACGAGGAUGCCGUCAAGCAGAGGCGUGGCCUUCAGCAGGCGCCCGCCGUCCCACAGGUUCCCACGGCGACCAGUCAGCAGAUGGAUGACCUGUUCGAUAUCCUCAUUGAAAGUGGAGAGAUCACACCUUUCGGUCAGCAGGACUCCUGUGGGCCUAAGAUGAUGCCAGUUACCGCCAGCAUCACCACGUUACCCGUCAACACGGUUCUGUCUCGGCCGCCUGCCCAGGUGCAGAUGGCGCCCCCACCAGCGCUCCUGGUGGAGCCUUUGCCCAGCCUGGCCUCCCUGGCAUCAGACAACCAGCUGGAGGCGCUCCUGGAGGGCACCCUGGUGGGGGUGCCCGAGCCCGAGCAGAGGACUCUGAGCCUGCUGGAGGAGCUCCACUGCCAGCUCCUGGAGCAGCCCCACUCCCCCAUGGAUACAUCCGAGCUGGGCUUCAGCGAGCCGCCGGCCCCCUCAACCUCCUCCUUCCUCAGCCUGCAGGACGCGGGCCUGGACAGCAUGGAGUGGCUGGACCUGACCAUGCCCGGGCCCAUCGGGCCCCUCAACCCGCUGGGCAUUGCUUCUGACUUCCUGGACACUCACGACCUGCAGUUGCACUGGGACUGAGAGUACUGUUGCUCCUGUUCUGUACACACUCAUUCUCUCUCUCCCUCACGCACAUACACAAACACACAUGUGCAUACACACACACUCGCAUGUAUGCACUCCUCUAACUGCUUUGUUAUGAGAUGGGCAGGAGGAGGGCGGCGCUGUGUCGGUUCUAGCCGUGAAAUAAGCAUGUGCGUGUGAGUGGCUGUAAGGCUGUGUGGAGUCUUUCCUUUGGGGCGGCACAGGGCCACACGCAGUGGCACGCUUGCCUCUCAUGCCCGUCACCCAGCUCCGCCCACGGGAGGAUGUGAGCAGCCCUAUCUGCUGGUUGGCUGUACUGAGCUGCGCUUCAGGUUCACUGUGGGGGAAGUGAAGAGCCUUGCAUGGGUUGCUCCUGCUCUUUCCUUAACGGGCCAAUCAGAGAGCUGUACCACUGUUCUGCUCUCUCUUUAAUGGGCCAAUCAGUGAGCUGUACCACUGGCUGUACCACUCUGCUCCAAGUCACAUGCCACAGGCUCCAAGCUUUCGAGCACGGUCUGUAUGUACCAUUGCAGCUGAUGCUGAAACACAACUGUUAAAGACUCGGAAGGACGGUCUCGUCGUUUCCAGACAUCUCAACUCCAAACUCUACAUCACCAUGUCAAAUAUUUGCUUUGUUUGCACAAAACGAAAGGCAACGAGUGCAUUAUUUCUUUAAUAGUCAAGAUCCAGAAUGCUCAUUCUAAAAUGUAUUUCGUACCUGAGAACAUAGAGAUGGUAUGUUUGGAAGACGACCUUUCUAUAGUGGCAGCUCGGAGGACGUUUUGGGGCUGACCUGAUCGAACGCAUUUCCAUCACUUUGUACGAUGAUUCGUAUAAAGCAGUCAUUCGGAAAAUUCUUAUGCCAUGGCAGGCUCUUUUAGAGUCAGAUUCUUCUUCUCUGCAGGUAUUUUAGUUAGCAUGGGAGUGAUCGGGUGAGGCACUGAAGGUCAGUAAGUACCUGUCAGGAAUGUUGCCUGUUGGGCCAGACCAGUAUUCAGAUUACUGCAGGGCAUAAAUGUACCACAUUGUGAAGUGAGAUCCCAUACAUUCAUCUAUAAUGUGUAUUUUGAAUAUGAUGUAAGCGAAUGGUGUACAUAUUUGAUGAGGAUAGUAACCCAUUUGUGUAUGACAGUGCUUGUGUAAUAAACACGCUCGGGAGGGGAAAGGGCUGAAAUUGCAGUAGACACUAAUAGCAAUGCUCGUUCACACAGCCUAGCGGGGCACUACAAUAUUUAUAGACUUCUUGUUCUGUUUAUUUACAGAGGGACUAAGGAAUGUAGACUCAAUGUGUGCCUCUGAGAUGUUGUUUUCUUUUUGAGAUUUCAGCUGUUCCUGGAUGAACAACACGACCUGGACCAACAAAAAGUCUCUUUUACUGUUUGAGGCUGGUUCGGGUGACAUUUCUUCCUUCUUUUUUUUCUUGUUUGUUUGUCUUUCUGUUUUGUAGUCUUAGUAUUUUAUGACACAUGGUCUCAGCUCCAGGGGUUUAGUCCUUAAUUCACUAAGACACUGCAUGUUGAACAUGGCUGGCAGCGUAAUGCCAGUCCACCCGGGCAGCGGAAGACUGUUGUGUUUGUCUGUAAUGCUGGCUGUGCACCUCUGCUUCUCCACAACCUCACCAAAGGCCAUCCGCACAUCCUCUAAGGCACUCCCUUGUACCUGCACUUUUUUCUGAUCCCUCCAUCUGUUGCAUGUCCUGGUUUUUUUUUCUCUCUCUCUGUGUGGUAUGGAAUGUGAGUGUGUGUGUAAUUUGUGAGAGUGCUUCUCUGUUUCACUGUUUGUUGAUGUAUUAUUGUUCCUGCAUCCUUGUACCUUUUUGUGCUCAAUAUAAUAAGCAAAAACAGAAAACCCUAAAUGGCAGACUAAAUAAAAUAACAGUAGAUGUAAAAGAAAUGAAGAACCCCUUUGGCAGCAUGCAGCUGUGAUCGACUCUCAACUCAGUGUGGUGGUGAUCAGGCCGAACAUGUUGAGGUUAUUUGAGUUCACACAGGUGACGCAGCACUGCUCAUUGUUAAGCAGUCUGUUAACCAGGUUAAUCUGUAAUUACUGACUACUCUGUCAUGUGGCUUCACUUUGCUUUUCAAGAAAGUAAAGGAAUAACGGUUUAAAACCAUAUGUUUUUAACAUAUUACCUUUAUAACAUCCUGUCCUGACGAAUGACUCAAUGUUAAUCUCUACUAAAAAAAAUUCUUUAGGAUUAUUUGAGUAGUACUGAUUGAGAUCAGUAUGUUUAACACAAAAGGGAAUUUGCUCCAAAUAUGACUAAUUGUGGUUCUGUUUUGAUUUUUUUUUUUUUUUUUUUUUUUUUUUUUUUUAACAUACAGGAUGUUUAGCACUUUUUGCUAUAGUGAUGAACUUUUCAUCAUAGUAAAACAAUCAUUAAGCAUCUGAGCACCUUCACAGACGCAGCU